UGCAUACAUCCUUCUCCCCCAAAUCCUCACCCACGGGACUCACACUCUCUCUCACCAAAACCAAACAAAAACUAGGGUUUCCGAUUCCGGCGACGCGAUGGUCGACGGCGCGGCGGAUGAGCGCGAGCCCCAUCCUCGACCCCAGGAAAUGGCCUCGCUGACAAUCCCCGACGAGCUAUCGGUGGAGAUAUUCCUCCGCAUUCCCAACCCAGCCGACCUUCUCCGCGCCUCCGCCGCCUGCGUCUCCUUCCGCCGCCUCAUUGCCGACCGCUCCUUCCUCCGGCAGUACCGCAAGCUCCACGCUCCGCCCCUUAUCGGCCUCCUCGACCACGAACGCAAGGUCUUCUACCCCGCGGUCCCGCCUCACCCCUCCGCGCCGGCAGCCGGCGCCGCGGCCCUAGCUGCCGACUUCUCCUUCUCCUUCCUCCCCGCCCCCGCCACCGAUUGGCGCGUCCAGGACGUCCUCAGCGGCCGCGUCCUCCUCGACAGAGCCCCCCAGCACGACAUCGAUAAUAGGCACAGACUGGUCUUCCCGGAGCUGGUGGUGUGCGACCCCUUGUACCGUCGGUACCUCCUGCUUCCCCCAAUCCCUGCCCACCUAGCCGCUACGGUGAAGCGUCCACUCUGGAUAAAACCGCAUCGUUACUGCGAGACCUUCCUCGCUCCCCCAAGCGACAGCGACGAGGAGGCAUCCGCGGCAGAAGAGACGUCUUUCAGCGUGGUCUGGAUGGCACAGUGCAAUGCUAAGCUGAUUGCCAUUGUCUUCUCGUCAAGCACAGGGCAAUGGCGAGCCAUUUCGUCCCUGAGCUGGAGUGAUUUAUUACCUGGCUUGCUAUCGUCCACAGGGUUGGCUCUGUUCUCCUUGCGGCAAUACGCCUAUGGGCUCUUCUAUUGGGUGACAGAUUGGAGGGAAAAGUUUCUGGCGCUUGACUCCCGGAGGAUGAAGUUCUCCAUUGCUGAACCCCCACCUGAGAUGAGAUAUUUACACGGUGUGGAUAUAGCCAUUUUGGAGUCAGGGGAAGGCAGGUCCAGGAUGUUUGUGCGUACCGAAGGCACAAAAUACCUCAACUAUACCACUGGGCGAAACAAUUGUGGGAGUUCCAUCCAGUGGCAGUUGGAGAGGACAAUCUCACUGGAUUCUGGGACAUUCCAGCUUGAGAGGGUGUUUGCCUCAAAUUCAUGCAUCCCCAAUGCGCGCGCAUAUAGCAGCUUUCCACCAUCAUUGUUGUUGACACCAACAAUAUCAAGUGGCAUUGCAAACAGCGGGGCUGAGAAGGAGACACCGGAACAAGGCUGUGCUGCAAGCUCAAGCACAGAGUCACCAAAGUCAGAGUAGUGCUAAUGCGGAUGCCGAACUCAGACAAUUAACCACUAUUCCGCCAUGUUGGUCUUGUAGUAGCGGUGUGGCAAUCUAGCAUUAACCCGGAGUUUAUCUUGUGUGCCUUGAUCCGACGAUGAGUAUCGCGCUCGCCGGGUAAGGUAGAGACAGUGAGAGUGCGUUAAUGGCGUUUUGUUCAACCACAAGCAGUAGGUUAACUAAGAGUAUGUAACCAGUCGACGCGAUUGCGAUCUUGUGGUAUGCCUGCCAAUCUCUGUACCUGGUACUGCUACAACUGCAUGUGUUGGACACAGUGGACAGACUUCAGUUUGCUCAA